AUGCUGUUACUAUCGGACUGUACGCGGCCUCAGGUCUGCCAAGGGGACUCUACUAGGGACAAUGAUAUUAUAGUAGACACUCUUAGUGAGGUGGCUGAGAACGUUGAAGUACAUACCGUUCGGGCUGAAACCUAUCCGGAUACUCUUCUCGGCAAGCGAGCCUCCAACCAUACCAAUGACCACAGCGUUAAAAAGGCACCCUCAAAGAGCUGUGAUGGUGGUGGCAAGGCCGGUCUCCCUCGGCGAAGUAAACGCAAAGCCUCUUCUGAUGGGUCAGUCAGCACUGGUGAUGGUCUACCGAAAGAGACGGUUUCUGGCCUGAUGAGAAUUGCCAAUGUAUUUCGACUUAGCCAUUUUACGAAGAAGAGCACUUUUGGGUAUCGCCCCCGAGUGCCCUCAUGGGUAGACUUGAGGUCCCAUCCUGAGGAGUACUGGUGGUCCGAUGGUAAUCCUUGCUGUGCCAAGAUUAAGAAGGACCUCUACCAUGACGGUGACGUUCAUAUAAUGAGCAAGCUUAUCGAAGUGAAGUUAGUACCUUCCUUUGCCGGGAAUCGAACCUGCGACCAUCCGGCACAGUACGAUUGGCUCACAGACUACUGUGAGGAAGGGCGAGUACACCAUGCAAAACGGUACGUUGUUUUCAGCCUCAAAAUAGGCGACAAGACUGUCACCACUUUGAAUGAGAUCCUUCCUGAUCACGUAAAUAGAGGCGACUGGGAAGGACUGUUUGCUACUCCUCAAGCAUGCGAGGCUGCCUUGAAGUCACGGUUGAAGAUAUGUGUAGUGCCCGCCAACUCCCCCAUCCCAGUGCCCGCUAAGGGCCCUCGUGAGGCCGACUUCGUAUUGGACUAUUGGGAUAAGAAGGACGUUAGCAUAAUGCAACACAGCUGUCGUCAAGGCCUUUCACGUGUUGUGAUGCUUACAGUGAAUCUGUACAGUAGUAUACUGGUAAAGAUGGCCAUACGAAGACUGGCUUUCACCGAGGGGCGGAUGAGCGACUUCUUCCUCAUUGAUUGGCCUAGUAAGAGUAUUGUGGCCUGCUGCCGACUCAUUGCCACCAGAGAGUUCAUUCACUUGCUCAAGUCUUGA